UUCGUGGAGUAACUUUUGAUACGUCAACAUCAUUCACGUGAGAAAUUUCGCCAAAAUUAACAAAAUGCAGCUCAAAUGGGGAAUCGCAACAGUUGGAAAUAUCGCACAUGACUUUGUAACUGCACUUUCAACGCUUCCACGGAACGAACACAAAGUUGUAGCGGUUGCUUCGAGAAAUAUCGUCAAAGCACAAGCCUUUGCUGACUUGCAUUCCAUUGAAAAAGCUUACGAAGGGUACCAAUUACUCGCUUCUGAUCCAAAUGUCGAUGUUGUGUACGUUGGAACCGUUAACGCCGAGCAUUUCAACCUCUCGAAGCUCUUUUUAGACGCCGGGAAGCACGUUUUAUGCGAAAAACCGCUAACAGUCAAUUCUCGUGACACUAAAAAGCUUCUCGAGUAUGCCCGUUCGAAGAAUUUGUUGUUGCUCGAAGGUGUUUGGUCCAGAUUUUUCCCCAGUUACUCGUAUUUGGAAGCGCAAAUCAAAUCUGGCAAUUUGGGGGAUCUCCAAUCGCUUGAUUGUGAAUUCGGAUAUCCUUUGGAGUACAAAUACACGUCAGAUGCGAAGAUCAUGGGCGGCGGAACUCUCUUGGAUUUGGGAAUUUAUCCUUUACAACUUGCUCUUUUUUUGUUCAAAGAAUUUCCUGAACGGAUUGAAGCUUCUGGGGGUUUCAAUGAGCAUGGAAUUGAUAUUUUAAUGGAAUGUACUCUCCAUUUCCGAAACGGAGCUUUUGCGAAAUUAAAAAGUUCGGGUAAGGAGUUGUUACGAAACACAGCGAUCGUGAAGGGAACCAAAGGAAGUGUUGAAUUGGCAGAUUUUUGGUGCCCAACGUCGUUGAAAGAUGUCGAUGGAAGCAUGAAACAAUGGCCUUUGCCAGAAGCAGUUCAGAAAUUUAAUUAUCCAAACAGUUGCGGGUUGAAAUAUGAGGCGGAAGCAGUUCGACAGGCACUUAUGGAAGGCAAAAUUGAAGUUCCAAAGAUGAAUCACGCGGAAAGUGUGAGAUUAGCAGAGUUGGAGGACAAGUUACGGGAAAUUAUUGGCAUUAAAUAUCCAGCUGAUGAAUAAUUUGGUUGUGAAAUUUGAUGAAAAUAAACUCAGGGAGAAUAAUUUUUGUUUGUGUUUUUGAAAAAAAUAAGAAAAAUUAACGGAAAAGAUUUUGGAAUAAUUUUGAAAGUUGAAAAUUUGACAGAAUUUUUAUGAAAUUU